UAGGUAGUAGGUACAAAUAGUACAAUAUGUUAUAUGGUAAUAAAUUGUGCGGUCUCGGAUUGUGAAUGACUGAUUGUUCUAUUUUAUAUUUCUAACAGCAGGAUUGGUGAUCAGAUUGUGAAUUUUUAAUAUUUAUUAUUAACUACUAUUUCUCCGUUCGUCAAUAAAAUGUUACCUGAUUUUUUAUGUAGACCACUGAUUAUGUUAUUUGGCAUAUUAUAUCCAGGAUAUAUGUCAUUCAAAGUACUCAAGACAAAACGAUCAACAAAUUAUGGUAUAUGGCUAAUGUAUUGGAUAACAUUUUCGAUGUUCACUUCAGUAGAGACUAUAACAGAUAUAUUUAUUGGUCCUUGGCUUCCAUUUUAUAAUGAGUUGAAGCUUUUGUUUCUCUAUAUGACGUAUCCAACUUCAGACAGCUCUCUAACUUAUGUGUACAAAAAUAUUAUAAGUCCUUUUAUAAAGCGGCACGAAAAGGCUAUUGAUGCUCAUAUAAGCAGUUUGAGGAGUGGUGGUUUACAAACCUUCAUGGUAACAGGAAAAAUAUGUACUAACUUUUUCUUGAGCCAGGCAAUAAAACUUUUCCAAAUUUAUGGGUUACAAGCUGUUCAAUUACAAAGUAUUGGUAUGAAUAUGAACACAGCAGUGAUUGAAAAUAGCGAACCAGAUGGAGAGAUUAAUUGGGAAGAAGUCAUUAAUGAUUCUGAAGAUGAAGAUGACACUUCUUUUAAGAUGACUAGUUCUUCAGAAUCUUUAGCUUCUUUAGUACAAGAGGAGCCUCCUGAGUAUUCCUUCUCAGACAUGUAUGGAAAUGCACAGACAAAAGACAAUGAAAAAACUUAUGAUCCACCAUCAUCUAACACACGAAGAAGGAGAAAAGCACUUUAAAAACAAACUAAAAUUAAUUUUUGUAUUUAUCAUGUACCUAUAAGAAAAUUGUAUACUUUUUUUCUAAGUUGAGUAAUUUGAUGUUAUUUUUAUUCAAUAGUUUUUA